UUAAAAACACACACUGUUUUUUUACUUAUUACUUUACAGUCAGCAAGCCAAGCAAAGCAAAGCAGAGCAGAGCAGAGCAACGCAAUGAAUUCAUUGGAUCUCUUUUCUUCUUCACUCCACUCAUCCAUUUUCAUCAUUUCUUCUCUCUAUCCUUAAUUGCGCUCCACCUACUCCCUCUCUCUGAUCCACAUUUUACUGUACUCUUUCCUUCUCUCUCUCUCUCUCUCUCAUUAUACAUAUAUACAUAUUAUCUAUAUCUAUAUACAGUAUGUAAUAAUUCAUCUCAUUACCGUUAUUAUAGUCUGAUCUCCGAUCAGAUACUACCACUACUUACUAGUACUACUUAUUCUUCCGAAACGGCAUCUUUUGGAGAUUUUCGUUUUCCUUUUAAUUUAUUUAUCUAUGUAUUUAUCUAGCAUUUUGCUAACUGAUCUUUUAAGUUCCGAAACGACAUCGUUUUGAGAUAUUAGUUAGCAUUUUGCUAUAUUAAUUACCGAUCGGAUACCGUUAUUGCUCCGUAACUACGUCGUUUGGAGAUAUUUUUGUUUUUUUGUAUGUAUUUAUCUUAGCAUUUUUGGCUCCGAUCAGGCACAGUUGUUUUGAAACGACGUAGUUUAGCGGUUUUUGGUUUUUCGAUUGAGUUGUGAUUAGGUUUAGGUUUAAAAAUGAAUCCUUUGUGUUGUAUUGCUCCGGUAUCGAUAGAUAAGGACCGGAACAAUUCGCCUGUGGUGAAAUCACAGCCUGAGUGUCAGUUAGGGUUUGAGAGUUCAGGAAGGAAUGGUAGGCCGCCGAGUUUUUCGGCUCAGGUUUCGUCUGUAGGUACAGAUGUGGAUAAUGGAAUUGUUAAUGAAGUUGAGGAUUGUGAGGUUGAAGUGAGGGAGAAGGAUUCGAAUCUACCAAAAUCGGUAGUUUUUGGUGGUGGCGGUGGUGUUGUGGCUGGGAUUCUGUAUAAAUGGGUGAAUUAUGGUAAAGGAUGGAGAUCUAGAUGGUUUACAUUGGAAGAUGGAGUUUUGUCUUAUUAUAAGACACAUGGACCGGAUAAGAUUGUGUUUAGUCCCGGUAGAGAGAAAGGGUUUAAGGUCAUUGGCGACGAGUCGGUUAGGUAUAUGAGGAAAUGGAGUAAUGGGAGUAAUCACUGUAAUCGAUUUGGUACUAGACAAUGGAAGCCUUAUGGAGAGAUACAUUUAAAGGUCUCUUCUGUAAGGGCAAGCAAGUCAGACGACAAAAGACUAUCGAUAUUCUCUGGAACCAAAACUCUUCAUUUACGGUGCAUAUCUAGAGAAGACAGAUCUGCAUGGAUUGAAUCCCUCCUAGCUGCCAAGGAUAAAUUCCCUAGAUUGUCUACAGGUGAUCUUGCUCCUUCCGAAGACAUGGUUAUUUCAACCGAGAAACUACGAUCCCGAUUAUCCCAGGAAGGAAUAAUAGAGGAAGUAAUAAAAGAUUGUGAGUCAAUUAUGCUGAGUGAACUCUCUGCCCUGCAAAACCAAAUGAAGGCUCUUCAACUGAAACACAUCGUUCUCCUAGACACGUUAAGACGAUUAGAGACUGAAAAAAUUGAGCUGGAAACAACUGUGGUGGAUGAAACAAAAGAGCGGGAUUCUUCAUGUGGGCAAGAUAGAAGAUUUAGUGAUUUCUAUUCUAUAAUGUCAGAAGGCAGUGGAUCUGAUUCCGAUGCAGACAAUGAAAGCCCAUAUGGAGUUUACAUUGAAACAGACGAAGAAAAUGGAACGUUUUUUGACACAAAUGAAUUCAUGUCUGCUGAUGUUUUAAGAUGUGCUUCCUAUCGGAGUAGAGAAAAUACAGGAAAUGGUUCUACUUCUUUGUCAAAUGAAAAGGACUCUUUCUUAUCUGGUCGUCUACGAGGGGCUGGAACCGAAAUCAAUUUAAUUCAGUAUCCUCAGAUCAAAAGAAGAAACAGUUUACCUGAGCCAAAGGAAAAAGAAAAACCAGUUGGUUUAUGGUCCAUAAUUAAAGAUAACAUUGGAAAGGACCUCUCUGGUGUUUGCCUCCCUGUUUAUUUUAACGAACCACUUUCUUCAUUACAAAAGUGCUUUGAGGAUUUGGAGUAUUCUUGUUUGGUUGACCGUGCUUUGGAAUGGGGAAAGCAGGGGAAUGAUUUGAUGAGAAUACUAAGCAUUGCGGCUUUUGCUGUUUCUGGUUAUGCUUCGACAGAAGGUCGGCAAUGCAAACCUUUUAACCCUCUCCUUGGCGAGACUUACGAAGCAGAAUAUCCUGACAAGGGACUACGUUUCUUCUCCGAAAAGGUAAGUCACCAUCCUAUGAUUGUUGCCUGCCAUUGUGAAGGCAGAGGCUGGAAGUUCUGGGCUGAUUCCAACCUUAAGGGGAAAUUUUGGGGGCGUUCUAUUCAAUUGGAUCCUGUGGGCGUGCUUACCCUGCAAUUUGAGGAUGGUGAAACAUUUCAAUGGAGUAAGGUCACUACCUCUAUUUACAAUAUCAUUCUUGGUAAAAUCUAUUGCGAUCACUACGGUACCAUGCGUAUCAAGGGUAGUGGUAACUACUCUUGCAAACUCAAGUUCAAGGAGCAGUCUAUUAUAGACAGAAAUCCGCAUCAGGUGCACGGGUUUGUGCACGACAACAGAACAGGAGAGAAGGUAGCGAUGUUGAUGGGUAAGUGGGAUGAGGCUAUGUACUAUGUGUUGGGAGACCCAACAACGAAACCAAAGGGUUAUGAUCCAAUGACAGAAGCCGUUUUGUUGUGGGAAAGAGAUAAGUCUGUUACCAAGACGAGAUAUAACCUUACAUCAUUUGCAAUAUCUUUGAACGAAAUAACACCUGGUCUAAGGGAGAAGCUGCCUCCAACUGACUCCAGGCUCAGACCAGAUCAGCGCCACUUGGAGAAUGGGGAAUAUGAGCUCGCAAAUUCAGAGAAACUUAGACUUGAACAAUUACAGAGACAGGCAAGAAAACUGCAAGAAAGAGGAUGGCGACCAAGGUGGUUCCAAAAAGAUGAAGAUGGUUGUUUUCGUUAUGUUGGUGGAUACUGGGAAACAAGAGAGAAAAGAGAUUGGAACGGAAUCUCUGAUAUAUUUGGUCAGUGUGUUGACUCGAUUCCUUGUGUAGAAGAACAGUAAGCAGGAGAUUCGGUAUAGGUGAUAUUGUAGCUAUUAAAAAAGCUUGCUAUGGUGGCUGUAUUUUUCAUGUAACACGACUGAGGCUGGCAAGUAUAUAAUUUCUAAAAAGAAAUAAAAGGAAAAUCAUGAAAAACUUUGUUCUGAAAGUAGGUUCGUUAUCAUCCGUUUUCUUUUUAAAUUGCAUCAAUGAAUAUGGGUUCUCAAGUUGAA